AUGCAGAAACAAAGCAGUCCCAAGCCAUCAAAAUGCAUUCCAGGAGGCCUUUCUGUUCGAGUGAUGGGUCCUUUUCUCUUCUUCACCACCCUCAUAAUCAUAAUCAUAAUCUUCAAUUCCAGAGUCUCUUACCCUAACCUCAUAUUCAAAUUUGCCAUCAACAGCAAAUCAGAUGCCCAAUUUGUUGUGCCUUAUGCCAUUCAUACCCAGAUCUCCCAUUUGCAGAACCAACUUGGAAUACUCCUAGGAGAGCUCCAUUCCAGAAACACAGAACCAAACUCAAUAUCCAAGUUCUCAGAACAGGUUCUCCACAUUGCUCUAUCCUUGGACAAGCUAGCAGAUAGUCUACGAGCUUUUCGCAUCGAUGCUUCUCGCAGGAACGAAACGAGCAAUGUCGAUGAAGAUCUCACCGAGCCAGAGGAAAGCGAAGAAGAGCAAGGGUUGCCGCGUGGGAAAGUCUUCAACUCUGCUGAGAUUCAAAGCUAUAUUUCCCCCAAACCAAACAGGAUUAGUGGGAAGAAGAACUUCCUCGGGCUGGAAGCAGUUAAUCCGUCUAUCGCAUUUGGUUGUACCGGUAUGGCAUCGGAUGUAGACCGGUACAUGACUUACAAGCUCUACGGUCCAUGCCCGGAUGAUUGGGACUUAACUCAGAAGCUUCUACUUGGUGGGUGUGAGCCACUACCCAGAAGAAGGUGCUUUUCAAAAUCACCAAAAAAGUUCAGUAAGCCAUUUCCAUUGAACUCCUCUCUUUGGACUAACCCAAGUGAUGUAAACAUUUUGUGGAACAAAUAUAAAUGCAAAGACUACUCCUGUCUCGUUUCGAAUGAAACGAUAGGCAAGAGAGGCUUUUACAAAUGUUCUGAUUGCUUCGAUCUGUCUAAGAGAGCUUGGGAAGUUCCAACCAAUGAGUCUGAAUCAGCAGAGUUCACAGUCGAUGAAGUUCUGAGUCUGAAACCGGGGGAGAUCCGAAUCGGCCUUGAUUUCAGCCCAACAACCGGCACUUUUGCUGCGAUCAUGAAGGAGAAAAAUGUAACCAUUGCUUCGGGUACCAUAAACUUAGGGGCACCGUUUAAUGAGGUGAUGGCAUUAAGGGGUCUACUUCCUUUGUACAUCUCCAUUGGCUCAAGACUGCCUUUCUUUGACAAUACACUUGACAUUGUUCAUUCUACAUUGUUCUUUGACGGGUGGAUAGGCAUGGAACUCCUCCAAUUUGUGUUGUUUGAUUGGGACCGGGUGCUCCGGCCCAAGGGGAUCCUUUGGGUGGACCGUUUCUUUUGUAAGAAGGAAGAUUUGAACAUGUACUUGGAUGAAAUCAACAGACUUGGGUAUAGAAAGCUGCUGUGGAGGGUGGUGCCGAAGACAGAUAAAGAAGGUGAUGAGAUGUUUUUCUCUGCUGUUCUUGAAAAGCCAGCUAGAGGUUGA